CGGCUGACCUAAAUAUAAUCAUCCACUCAAGCAAGGCGAUUACUUUGUCUUGUACUACCUGUUGUCGAUAGUCACGCCUAUUGUCUUCAUUGUCUGCUCCCAUGUUCUGCGGGUCAAUAGGGAAGGCGACUACGUGAUGGUCUUGGGGAGCAAGGUUUUCAAGGAGACCAGCAGUGAGGAAUGGCCUUUGCAUGCCUGGGGCCACAUUUACCAUUGUUACUCCUGCCUCCGCACGGCGUGUAAGACGAUGGACGAAGUCAUUUCCAUGAACCGUUUUGCCUUGUUCUCCGAGACAGCGCUCUCCCAAUCGUGUAUCAAGUACGAAUACGGCUUCGACGGUGCGAAAGAACUUAUCUUGGCGGGUUUCAUUCCCAGCGACAUACCGCUCUCCUCACCUCGACAUUCCAUCAUCUGCGUGGAUAGUGGUUCUCAGUCGUUCAGGCCCAUGUGAGAGGAGACGAAGCGCAACCUGUCUCUGUACGGCUCUCUCUAUCUCUCAGCAACGCUAAAGCACAAGCCUUUGUCAAUGGUUGCAUCCGACAUCCUGAAUUGUCUCGUAUGGGCUCUCAGUUCAUUGCUGAUAAUGAUCCAGGUUUGAUGUCUUAUUUGAGCACUACAUACAUUAGAAUAGUGUAAAUAAUUGACAGAGUAUGGGAUUCAGUUGUGAACGCGGUUGGUAACCAUGUGCGAAACGACUAGCGCGAAAGCGACGACAUAAUAAAUACAAGAGCACCGAACACCUUCGGACGUUGCGUGUCUUUUCCUAGUGAACUACAAUAACAGGU